CCGGAGCCCGUAGUCUCUUUGGAAACUUCUGUCGGGGGAAGACUAGGAAAGGACUGCAAAGCGGUGUGGGCUUCUUCCUUUCUUUUCCCCUUUUUUUCCCCUCCUUUUAGUGACCCCCUUCCUCCGUUUGCACCCUUCCCAGGAGUUCACGCAGAACCUGCGAAUUUCGGAGAGGUGUGACUGAGUGGGAGAAGAGAGGUGCUAGCGUCUGAUUUUUUUUUUUUCUCCUUCGUUUUCUUGAUUUCAACAUUUUCUCCCAACCUCUAGGCUGCAGCCAAUCCUUCUUACCUGUUCGCGGUAGCCGCGCGCCGCAGGCCGCUGGAGGUUAGAGAGGAGUGGGGGGUGUAUUUCAGAUUUUUAAGCAAAGAAAAAAACUUUUUUAAGACAAACCCAAUUUUUCUCCCCCUUACCCUCUACAGCCCCCUGCUGCAGAGCCUUUCAACCUCAUUCCUGCGGAGGCUGCUUUGGGGAGCGAUUGGGGAUUUUCUCCCACACAGCCUCUGCUGUUGAGACCGGCUCGGGCUGCGGGCUUUUUCCAGUCUCCGCCCACUCUGAGUGCACCUGGCGCGGCUCUUUUUCCCCCCAACCUGUUGCACGCUUUUAAUCUUUGCAACUAAGACUCCCUCACAGCCACCUCAACUCUCCCCCACCUCUCGCUGCAUUUGGCGAGUGUCUGGGUAAGGACACCUGCUUUUACCUGCCAGAGACAAAAAGAAUUAAUAAAUCUCCGGGAACCCUCCCUCUCGGGCCCCUUAACUCCCCUGCACUCUCGCUCUCCUGCCCCGCCCCGAGGUAAAGCGCGAGAAGAUGGUGCUCACCGCAGUCCUCCUGCUUCUGGCCGCCUGCGCGGGGCCGGCCCAGAGCCUGGGCUCCUUCGUGCACUGCGAGCCCUGCGAUGAGAAAGCCCUCUCCAUGUGCCCCCCCAGCCCGCUGGGCUGCGAGCUGGUGAAGGAGCCAGGCUGCGGCUGCUGCAUGACCUGCGCCCUGGCCGAGGGGCAGUCGUGCGGCGUCUACACCGAGCGCUGCGCGCUGGGGUUGCGCUGCCUCCCCCGGCAAGAUGAGGAGAAGCCGCUGCACGCCCUGCUGCACGGCCGCGGCGUUUGCCUCAACGAGAAGACCUACCGCGAGCAAGUCAAAAUCGAGAGAGACUCCCGUGAGCACGAGGAACCCACCACCUCCGAGGUGACUGAAGAGACCUACGCCCCCAAAGUCUUCCGGCCCAAGCAAAGCCGCAUCUCCGAGCUGAAGGCCGAGGCCGUGAAGAAGGACCGCAGAAAGAAGCUGACCCAAUCCAAGAUCGUGGGCGGAGCCGAGAACACUGCCCACCCCCGGGUCAACGCGGCGACUGAGGCCAGACAAGAAUCGGAGCAGGGUCCCUGCCGCAGGCACAUGGAGGCUUCACUGCAGGAGCUCAAAGCCAGCCCACGCAUGGUGCCCCGGGCCGUGUACCUGCCCAACUGUGACCGCAAAGGAUUCUACAAGAGAAAGCAGUGCAAACCUUCCCGUGGCCGCAAACGUGGCAUCUGCUGGUGCGUGGACAAGUAUGGGAUGAAGCUGCCGGGCAUGGAGUACGUGGACGGCGAUUUUCAGUGCCACGCCUUCGACAGCAGCAACACUGAGUGAUGCGACCCUUCCCCAUCCUCCCCUCGCCCCCCACCCCUAGCCCCCCACUCCAGCCAGCGCCUCCCUCCACCCCUGGACGCCACUCAUUUCAUCUCAUUUAAGGGAAACACACACACACAUACACACAUACAUGUAUAUAUUCGAGGAAACUAAGGGCCUCGGAAUCUCCAGUAAGGGCUCAACUUUGAAAAGGGCAAAACAGCGGAGAUGCCAGAAGCUAAAGAGACCUCCUCUUGGGCAGGGCUUUCUUGCUCAGGCAAGUUGAAAGAGUAGCGAAGGACAGAGGAAAGAAUCAGAGAAAGAGAUGGGAGGAAAGCUUCGGUGUAGGACAGAAGGGAAGAGGGGACCGAGUGACCGGAAGGAAGACAGGGACGUGGUGGGCACCAAGAAAGGAAGGCCACGGGGCCAGGGCUGGGGCUGCUUUAGCAUCGCCCAGCCCUGGCCUGGGGUUGGGGAGAGGUCAGAUGGCAAAAGGCAUGGCCUGAAGUGUGGCUUCGAUGGAGUUUUCCCAGUUCAGAUUGGACAGGAAGACAAGGAGAGACUGCAGGGGUUGUUGCCUCUGCUGGAUCAGUCUCCUUUUCCAGCCAGCAAAUGUGGACGGCCCCCACCCCACCCCACCCCACCCCACCCGGUCCGUGCAUCCUGCCCUCCUACACCCUGUAUCCCCCAAAUGUAUGCAAAAGCAUUCCAUUCCUCUGCAGAGAAAAUGGAUUCCCCAUGGAGUGAUCUUAGAUAGGUCUCCCCAGAGCAGAUCCGUAAAGAUGAAAUCCAUAUGCCCAUUUCACAGAUGCAUAGAAGUCAGUUUCUACCCGGUAUUGGAAAGACUGGUUCUUGCAGAGGGACUGGAAGGCCUGCUGAACCCUGUGGCUUCAGCCCCUCAUGCAUUCAUUUCUCAACUCACGCAGCACCCUCUGUGGAGGAGGACGGGCUGAAAGACAGUGGGCUUGUACUAUCUACAAGGCUCCAUAUAGUCAUAUAUAGGCAUGUAAAUCUAUUCCCUUUUUUUCCUUUCUUUUUUUUUUCUUUGCAUUAAUUUUUUUCAAAGUAGUUCCUUUGGGAGCAUUGAGAAGCUUCCUCGUUCUAGGAAAACCAAGAAAACAUAUAUAGUCCAAGUAUAAUAACCCAUCCUUUCCGUUUGCCCUCCCCUAGCCAGGGCUCUCCAGAAGCAGUCAAGCCAGGUCUUGGUGGGGCUUGGUAUUGGAGAGUGGCAUGAUUUCCCACCUGCCUUCAGAUGGACCCAGCCAGCCCCUUGAUGCUGGGCACAUCCCAUUCUAGCCUUCAGACCCUCAAGAGACUGUCCCCUUGGGACACCUGGACACCCGACCAAUUGAGCCCAAUAGAGGUCCAAGUGGGGUCCUGGGGAAUGUGUCAGCUCUGUCCUUGCCUGAGGACUGAGUGUUUGGAAGGCCUCGCU